CUCCUUCAGUGUGACGUUGCUGUAGUUCCGCGCGCCUAGUGCCUGGUGGGGAAUUGUACGAAAUAUUUGUAGUUUUACGGUGCCUUCGACGGUUGUAGAAACCCUGUCUGUCUAGUGCUCGCUCUUCUCUGCGGACUUCUUUGAAACAAACACACUUCAGCGCCAACGAUUUCCAAUCUCUGCUCCUCCUGCCACCACCAACAGCAGCAUCCACGGUAACGCGCGCACACACAGGAAUCUCCGGCGGCAAUCUCAAAGGAAUACUUUCCCAACUAAAGUCAGACAGAGGCAGAGGCCAGCGCGGACCGCGAGUGCACUCACCAGCGACCGGAACUCUCCGGCAGGAACGGAACAGGACAGGACAGAACCUUAUCGAGCCACGCCUAUAAAGCUACAGCCCCAAGAUGGCGGCCUUCAUAGCCAAGCAAAUGGUUGGAAACCAAUUAAGUGCCGUUAAAGAUGCUGCAGGCGGCGGAGGUGAUGGCGGCGAUGAUGGCGAUGACAAGGAAAAGGCAGAGGAGGAGGAGAGAGAGCGUCAGGAGGCCAUCAAAGAGGCCGAGGACCGGCGCAAGGAGAAGCACCGGAAAAUGGAGGAGGAGCGCGAAAAGAUGAGGCAAGACAUUCGCGAUAAGUACAACAUCAAGAAGAAAGAGGAAAUCGUUGAGGCGGCACCGCAAGAAGAGCCCAAUCCUCUGAUGAGGAAAAAGAAGACGCCUGAGGAACUGGCCGCCGAGGCGGAGCAGGAGGAGCUCGACGAUUUCACAAAACUGAAAAAUCAAAUAGAAACGCAAGUAAAUGAGCUAAAAACUCAAAUAGAGGGAAAAUGUGUCAUGCAGUGAUAUGUCAGUCAUCAUAAAAAGCUAAAUAAAGUAAUAACAGAACAAAAAAAAACCGUAUAAUAGCAACACACGUAACAAUUCGAAUAAAGCCUAACCGAUGAAAACGAAAUUUAUUUAACGCAUCCCGAACUUGAAUUUGUUAAUAUGAGAUCUGUUGAGUUUAAUCAUUGGAGCCACAAUCGAAACGAAUAUAAGUCCUUAGAAAGCUAACCCAAAGCUUCAUAACUCGUAACGUAACCCGGCAGCAAUAAAUCGAACUUAAUCGAGCGAUCCGAUCUACUCUACGGAGCUUGUGGCAAGGCCUGUAUGUCCUAACAGCUAAGGUCCGAUAACAGAGUAGUAAUGAAAGAGAAAUGCGAAUGCGAAUCAAAAUGCGAACAGGACGGUGAACUCCUAAGGAAUUUUAUUGUAGCUAAAGUAUAAACCGAAUUAUUUAAAACCAAAUACAUAUAGUAAACGCCUUUAAUAAUAUUCAAAUCACUUUGCUUCGAUGAUAAUGUAAUAUACUCAAACCCAAUAUACAAUACAUAAUACAUAACCGUUGUUUAGUUGAUAACAUACAAUAAAAUAACGAAACGAAACUAAACUAAAUGAAACUAACGAAACGGUACGAUGCGAUGCGAUCCGAUGCGAUGCAAAAACCAAAUCGAAACUAAACAAAAAAAAAAAAAAACAUUAAAAAAUAUAAAAGCAUCAAAAACAAAUAAACAAAUAAACACCUAAAAUAAGCAAAAAGCUAAGAAAAAAAUAAAAACCAAUUAAGCGAAUGGUGCGGCAGAGGAGGUUGCUGAAUCAUGUCGAACCGUCGAAAUCCGUUGCUGAAAACACUUUGGACUUUAUUCCAUAAUUGAGUAUGGGAAGAUUAUGAACUAAAUCGGCGCAUAUGUUGUAAUUGCCAUUCGAAUAUAUAAGUAUAUAUAUAUACACAUGUUAUGUAUAUUUCCAUGAAUUUAACCACAGAAAAUUAAUCACAUUUGCAAAACGAAUUGACUGCAGAGACGUUGAAAUUAUUGCUGGUUCUCAAACUGAUCCCAUGAUCUGAUCGCCUACAAUUCAAGAAAUCCAAACUAUAAAGUAUCAAGUUUCAGUCAGUUUGUUUUCGAAAUUGCCAGAGAAAUCUUCUUUAACAGCUGUUACAUUCUGUUUCUUUCCUAUACAAAAAUACAUACCCACACUACAAUUGAGAGUUUAAAAUCUUUCGAGACAGUUACUGAUCUCACUGAUUGAUGCUUCUGAAAUACAUGUACUCUCGGUGUUUUAUGUAUGAUAAUAUCAUCAUCAACAACAACAACAAGAACAACAGCACAAGAAAACCACUAGAGCCAGUACAACAUCAACAUCAACAUCAACAUCAACUACAUCUACAGCAAAAGUAACUAACAAAAGUAAUGUUAUGUUAUGUUAUACAUCAUAUGUAUGUAUGUACACUGUACAUAAAUGUAUGUACGAGUUGAAAUACUCGUUAUCGAGACAACUACAACAACAACAACUACAAAAGCCCACAGCACAGCCAACAACAACAUGAACAUGAUGAACAUGAACAUGAACAUCAACUCAACAUCAACUCAACAUCAACUCAUGACAGUUUGCUACAAGUUUUUCCUUAACAUAUUUCUGAACGUUGUGAACUUAAUUUGUACAAUAUAUGGCUAAUCUUUAAAGGCAUACAUACACACACACCCACAUUACAGUUACACAUGCAUAUAAGUACAUACAUCCACAGUACAUCCACACUAGACACAUGCAUUUAAAUAGCAAAUAUGUAUGGUGUUGUAAAUGCUUAAUCUACAUACAUACAUACAUACAUGUGUACAGAUCCAAGAACAAUACCUACCAACCACCAACAAGAAAUAUAUAUGUACAAUUCGCAUAAAAAAAGUUACCAUAUAAUGAAAAUAGCAAAAAUGCAUAUGAUGUUAUGUUAUGUUAUGUGAUGAUGAACAAUCAAUAUAUUAUAUACUAGUAGAGGAAGGGGUGCCGAGACAAGCGUCUAGUCUAUCAGUCAAAACAUCGCUCUCAGAUUCUUCUAAACCAUUCUUGACUUCAUAUGUUUCUUGUACACAUAUCGGCGCGGCAGCAACGCCUCAACGCCUCUCUCUGUCAAUCUAAUAAAGCAAUCCCCUAGUGCCCCCAUCGCUCCCUACAAAGUUAGGAACGAUCGAACUAAUGAAAGAAUGCCUUAACGUGGCUCACAUGACUAGACCAUGAGUAGCAAAUACAUAGAUGAAUACGAUGAUGAUGAUUUUGAUGAUGAGGAUGAAAAUAAAGAUGAAGAUAAAGAUGGUGAUUCUACCAAAGGAAAAGGAAUCCACAAUUCUUAACUGUUACUUUAACCCACUUGUACUACUAGAGCUACGAUACUACUUAGCUGCGUUUCCCUUCCGCAUUCCAAUCUAGUUUUACUAAAUCCGAAUCCAGAUACUCGUAUCUUAGCUAAUAGCUAUGCUCCUUUCCAACUCGAAACUCUAUAAGCUCUAUAAAGUAAAUACGUAUUGAAAAUGUUUACCUAGAUUCUACAAUAUCCAUUGCGUUAUUCUCUCAGAUACUUAUACGAUGUUGACGGGCAGUUGAAUUGUUUAAUAUAUUGAAUAAACAUUAAUAAAGAAACCGAAACAAAGGCAACUUGAAACAUACAAUAUUAUUCAAUCAUUAUCAAGUUUUUAACGUAAUCAUAAAUGUUUAAGAUGUUAAAUGGUUCAGCCGAUUUUAAUUUAAUUUUGUUCAUUUGUUUAAUAUUGUGUUACCGUUAAUAUUAUAGUUAUGAUAAUGUAUGUAUAUGUAUAUCAUAAAGUUCAUAAAAGCAGAUAAUUAUACAUUAUUAUAUAUAUAUAUAUAUAUAUAUAUAUAUAUAUGUGUAUAAAUAUAUAUAUAUAUACAUGUAUAUGUGUAACUUAAUAGGGAAAUGAAUUUAAUAGAGAAACAACAGACAAAAAUUAUAAAUAAUAAUGUUGGAAAGAAUACCAUUCAAGUCAUUAUUAGAUGUGAAAGCAGUUCUAUACACAACAAAAGGAUAAACAAAAACAAAAAAACAAAAAAAAAACAAAAACAAAAACAAAAAAACAAAGACAAAACCUAAGGAAAGCGUUAAUAGUUGAUUAAUUAUAUUGUUACUUUGAACAUUUAAUUCAAACCAAACCAAA